ACAACUAGAAACUUCCCCCCUUUCGAAGAAGCACUGGCUGGGCACUGGGAGCGCUAGCGCUGGGCUCGUUCACCACGUGUUUGUGUUUUCUCAGUUUUCUUUUUCUGUACACUUGCUGCAUCGUGUUAUCUUUUAUUACUAUGCCGAAGUCUCGUCGUGAAGUAUUAGAUGAUUUGAAAGAACUGAGAAAUGCAGGAAGGAGAAGUCUAGAUGUCUUGGAGGGUGAAUUCCAAUCCAUUCUGAAAUGGUGUAGAGAUGUCCUGGACACCAUCCAGUCAGAGGACUUUUCACCUUGUGACUUACGUGCUCUUUUCCCCAUUCCCAAAGUAUCAAAAGAAGCCACAACAAACAAUAAUGAGUUAAGUUGCACAUCACUUGAAGCUGCUCUACCAACGAAGCAGGUGGAAGAGCCACAUGGUGUGAAUAUCAGUGCUUCAUCAAGCACAAAGUCAAUGUCCUCUUCAGUUGAUAAUUCAACUGAUUCAGAUCCUGACAAAAAGAGUAAGAAAGUGCCUACUAGAUCAUCUCAACGAAUCAAUCGCAACAAGGCUGUCAAGGAGGACGAGGCAAACUUGCACGAAUGUUCUGCAUCAAGCUCAAGUUCCGAGGCCUCGUCUUCUGCUUCUGCUCGGGUAAAAGUCAAUGUAACUAAGAUUAAGCCAGUAAGAAUUAAGCCCUCAACACAACUGAUCAAGUCUACCACAGCUAAGCCUGGACCUGCUUCUAAGAAGCUCUUAAAGGGAACACCAACUUUGUCGGGACUUGGACCAAAGAAGGUUUUGAAAGGAACUCCCUCAAUGGCUGGGCAGCCAGUAAAGAAGGUUCUGAAAGGAACUCCCUCAAUGGCUGGGCAGGAGCCAGUAAAGAAGGUUCUGAAAGGAACUCCCUCAAUGGCUGGACCUGGACCUGCUCAAAGUAAGCUUUUGAGAGGAACACCAACAUCUUCUCGUGAUGGACUAGCUUUGAGGAAACUCUUCAAUAAUACCAAAGAGAAAUCCAAGGCAACCACCAAUCAAAAUCUGUUUAAAGUUGAAGAUGGCCCAUUGUCAAAAUGUGAUUAUGUACAUGAAGUAGCUCAGAAAGGUUUCUCACAUCUAGCUAAACUUAAGGAUCUAGUAAAUCCUGGAGUUGGUCAUGACUCCCUAAUCAAACACACAAAUGUGGUUGAGGACCCAAGAAAGACAUUUGUGAUUGCUCCAUUUGAUGAGAAAAAUGCUACAUUUGUAUUAGAUUCCGCUCGUUCAUCGGAUGUGGCAAAUGCUACAUUUGUAUUAGAUUCUGCUCGUUCAUCGGAUGUGGCAAAUGCUACAUUUGUAUUAGAUUCCGCUCGUUCAUCCAAUGUGGCAAAUGCUACAUUUGACAUUGAUCCCUCUGACAAGAUACAAAAUGCAAAAGAGAAAGUUCUGAAGGGAUUAGGAAACUUAACCACAGAUGAGGAUCUAGUAAAAACUGGUGGUGUUGCUCAUGGCUCAGACAGAUCAGUCGUCAAGGAUCUAAAUGCUACAUAUGACGUGGCAUCUUAUGAUUUGACGCUAGAUCCUGCUGAGCGUCCUCCUCUCCCAUCAAAAAAUGAAGACGACUAUGGCUUGGAUGAUGUUUGUUCCGAUGACUCAAGUGAUGAUGAGUCAAACCCGAAGAAAGUUGUACCUACAUGGGCACAAGUAUCCAGCCGACAGUCAUGUUUGAGUAUGCAACGAUUUGUGUCACAGUCACAAACGUUUGCAUUUUUCGGGCCUGCCAAAACACUUGACCUCACCCAGUUAUUCAGCACUAGUAACAUAGACAAGCGUAUGCUGAUUCGUCGGUCUAGUGCUGUUUGGCCUUCACCAGACAAGAGCGGACACUAAAUGAGUAAUGUAUGGAGUUUGAAUAAGUUGAUAAGAUUUUCUGAUACCUUCUUAAAAUAAUGUAUAAAAUAAAUAUAUAUAAACUGAACCUUAAGAAGGUGUAA